UGUAAAAAUUUUAAAAUUUACAUUAAAACGCGCCUUUUCAGUUUGUAAGUUGUUAGCAUAGGAUGUUAGGUAUAUAAAAUAUUUAUACAAUGGCUGUUGCUGUGUUUUCUGUAUUUCCGGUUGUAAAUAAAUUAAGGGAACUUUUACCAACAGUGAAUUUUAUUGAAGUUCAAGAAACAGAUCCUUCACCUUUAUAUACAGCAGAAAUUAUACUAGCAGAUUAUGAUAAAGUCGGACCUCAUAUACAUAAACUACAAAACAUUAAAUGGCUUCAGGCUACAUGGGCAGGAAUAGACUUUUUAAAACGAUACAUAGAUAUAAAGAAUCCACCAAAGUUUAUUGUAACAAGAAUAUCAGGUCAGAAUCUAGGUCAAAUGAUGGCAGAAUAUGUAGUGGCAAAUGUAGUCUUUCAAGAAAGAAAUUAUUUUGAGGUGAGAGAAAAUCAGAAAAAAUCUUUUUGGAACUCGGGCCCAUACGUAUAUAAUUUUAGAUCUAUAUCAGAAUUAACCAUUGGCGUUUUAGGAAUUGGAAGUAUUGGUACCGUAAUCGGUAAAACGUUAAAAUAUUUGGGUGCUACAGUUUAUGGAUAUGGUAGAAGAGAAUCACUGUCUUUAGAAAAUGAGGAAUACCAACAUAUUAGCCAAUAUUUUAAUACAGCCAAUCUCAAAGAAAUUCUGUCUAAAGUUGAUUAUGUAGUUAACGUCUUACCCUCUACACCUGAAACAAAUGACAUUUUAGGCAACGGAAUUCUAGAGAAUUGUAAAGGAAGAAAUACAGUAUUUAUAAACGUUGGAAGAGGCAAUGUAAUCAAAGAUGCUGAAAUAAUACGUGCUCUAAAAGAAAAAUGGAUCUCUGCAGCUAUCUUAGAUGUUAUCGAAAAAGAACCUCUGUCAGAGGAUAGUCCACUUUGGAAAUUAGAUAACGUUUUUAUAACACCGCACAUAUCCGGCAGUAGUCGUGCUCACGAUAUAGCCCAACAAUUCAAGACCAACUAUGAGAGAUAUCAGCAAAAUCAGCCACUCAUCUAUCAAGUAGAUUAUGAAAGGGGUUAUUAACUUUACUUCAAAAUUAAUAACUAUAAGUUUAAUUAUUCACUUAAUCCACUGUAUAGGUACAAAAUAAAUAAUAUCAUUAUACUUUAUGUCUUAUAAUAAAUAAAAAAAAAACAUA